UUUAGAACAUCCGGAUUUUAUAGGAGAAAUAUAAUUGGCUCCGGUUGGAGCUGAGUUUCUAAUGAGCUGCUUUCUAAUAUACUAAUGAUAGAAUAUAGUGUCAAGCUACUGAAGGUUGCCCUAACAGUCUUUAUAAAGCAGUUUCCCUGCACUGACCUUAGUAGAAUAUAGGCUGUGUGUCAGCAUUAUCUUAUUUUUAUUACAGCAUAUUCUAGUGACUAUACUUUAUUUACAGGAACUAGCAUCAUAGUUUUAUUACAUGACAGAGUGAUCGUAAAAUCCUGAUUUGAUCAACAUCUGUUUGAAUCAACUAUCACCACUAUGACUGCUUCAUAUAUCUCUUCCUCCUUUUCUUGCUCUUUGAUCCAGUUCACAUGCAUGCACUCAUCACCUCUCUGUCCUUUUCUCUCCUUUUGCCCACCCUGCAGUCCUCAUAUCCAAGCACACACUCCCCCACAGCUCCCCAAGAUACAGCCCCCUCUGUUAGAGACCCCCCCUCUGGUGUUCGCGCCAGUGGACCCCGCCUCAGGUCCCAAACUGGUCAAAUGUGAGAGGUGGCCCCUCCUGGGGCGCCAAGACCCCCGGGAGCCCCCGGAUCCCUUUGAUUAUGAGAGCAUUUUCCCUGACUUGGAGAAUGAUGACAUGUUUGCCAGGCGAACCCUGGCCUUCCAGUCCAACACAGACUUGGCCAUGAUGAAAACUCAGCUGUCCCCCCACCGUCGUCUCUACACGUCUGAGCCGCAGCUCAACAUCAUCACCCAGCGACACGUCCAUGGAGGCACACAGGAUGAGGAUUUCCCUGAUAUCGAGCAGGACGAUGUGGUUUAUCGUAAGGAGAAAACCCAGCAGGCUCAGCAACAACGGCCACUCUCAGGGGCUCCUGACAACUACGCCCCAAUGCCAAUCCCAGAGCCGUGGGCUCUGCCUCCUGAUCUCAAGGCCAGACUCCUGUGCCCCCCAUGUCCUCUGACUCAGGAGGCAGCAGCAAAUAAACAGAAUCAGGUUGAGAAGGACAUGCGUCCUAAAACAGAUGACAUGCUCGUCCGGAAACUUGGAGUUUGUUCUGAGAAGAGCCCGAGCUCACCGAGCGGCCCAUUAGCCAAUCAACUGAGGCCCUCAGUACCGUCUUCCUGUAGUGAAGGUGACCUGCAGAAAUGGCAGGCUAUCAGGGAAGCCAGUCGGCUAAAAUAUAAAAAGAGGCUUAUGGUGGAGAGGCUGGCUGCUCUGAAGUCGUGAGAGCAGAUUUCUUUAACAGUGCCUGUUUUUUUCUCCUAACUUUGUAGCCUUUUUCUUCAAUCUUGUUGUGUUUUUACUGUUUCUGGGAAAACUCAUAAGUGCCAUUUCAGUCUUGAAAUAUUUUCUGUCUGAUGGUGAAGUGGUUUUGACUGCUUGUUGAUGCAACUUGUAGAUGGGUGUUCUAUCCAAUUAAGUUCUUCUUUAUGAAAACUUAUAGGAGCCUUCAGCAUUCACUGGGUCAGUCAUGAGUAUUGAGUGAGAGAAAGCAACAACAGACCUUUUUCUUGUUUUAAAUGUUUGUUAUUACCUUUUCCAGUGAGAAAUUUUUUUAAUGAAAGGCUCUAUGAAAGCGCUAUCAUAUGACUAUUGAUUAUGGUCUUCUGCAUGAUGGCAAUAUGGUUAAUUUGACCUUUAGAAACACAUGGUAUGUAAAUGCUGAUUGGAUGGCCAGACUGUAAAUUGAAUCUACUGCUGCUGUGUUUUUGAAGUGUGAUUUUAUUUUUAUUUUUUGAACAAAUCUCCAACAUCAUUAACUGAAAUAGUUGGUACACCAUGAGCACUGUUAAACAGACCCAAAACUCUGCAUUUUAUCUUUGGUUUUGUUUCCCUAUCAGACCGAGUUUGCCUGUGAAUGGAAAAAAUAUUUAAACUCAAUAAAGAAAAUAAGAGACUUCA